AUGGUCCGGAGUGCGGAGAUCGUGCUGGCUGCGUCUCUGGAAGCAGUUCUUCAGAGCGGCAUUACUCUGUACCGCGGAGCAGAAAGGGGCCACCUUACAGAUCCUGCUCAGAGCGUGGAGCAGACUGGUGGGCGCCAAGUCUACGGCGUGCCGGCCAUCAACCCGACCGUUGAGGAGUUUCGGGCGCUUCAAGUCCGCGUGCGGGCGGGAGCGCCAAAGGCUCCGCCUGCGAAAUCUGCGAAGGUGGGAGUGUCGGAGGCUCCGCCGGCUGUGGCCGCAAAGGCCAAAGGGCCACCGUCAGGUGAGCGUGGCCCGGGAUAUGUGUCCCUCGACAAGGAGACCGUCGACAUCGAGGUUGCUGAGGAUGAUGACGAAGGAGACCAGAAAGAGUCUUCGGCCCUGGCGGCGUCAGAGUCCACGCGGGCCAAGGCCUUGGAGGAUCUGGCUGUUGGCCACGGUUGGGACGGCCGCCAGUGUGGCGCUAGGAACGUCAAGGCGCGUUUGUCGCGCUUCAAACGCAGCCGCGGCCGAGAGGGCGCACGCGAGCAGGACAGCUCGGAUGAUGUCAUGACUGAGGGUGAGGAUGCUCUUCGCCAGUUCAGCCGCAAGCCCAAAAAGCAGAGAUGGGCCGAUCAGCCGCUGACCGGCGGCGCGCGCCGACGUGGAAGCGCUGUGGAUGGCGUUUUGGCGCUUAAGGUCGUCCAGACCGUGGAUAAGAUUCACACUGCGCGCAACGCGGAGGAGUAUGACAACUCGGAUUCGGCCUUCUUCAGUAUCUAUCUGGCCUUGCUGGGCGCCAUGCAGAAUCAGGUCAUCCUCAGCGAGAAGCAGAAUGAGAAACUCGUGAGCUGGAUCAAGCUAGCCGUCGAGGGGAGCGGCAAGCUGGUCUAUUUGCUAGACAAGGCGUUGGAGACUGAGAAUGAGAAGCUGCGACUGCAACUUUCCAGGUCGCAGCUUAGUUGCUCUACCAACCGGCUGAUCGCCAUACCGGGCUACCUAAGGACUUAUCCAGCCUGGUACAGCUUCGUGGUUCUGCUGCUGGCGCUAAUGUCAAUCUGUGCAUUUGCCACAGUGCACGCCAUGAAUGAGCCCGAAAGGCACAGCCUGAACCAGGAGCAGCCCGUGCUGUUCUUCCUGUUCGUGGGAGCUGCGGCAUUUGCCUCGCACCUCACCGGGCUGUUCCUGUUCGCCUUGCUGGCCCAGCACUCCUACUUCUGCCUGGCAGGCAUCACCACAUUGGAGUACAUUAAGGACCAGACCCCGCCUUUUCCCUCUUUGCCGCCUCCGGGCUGGCGCCAGGCAGUGCAGCAAAGCGAGUGUCACAGCUGCCGCGGCAUGCUUGGGUUCACUGAUGCAACGGAGAUCGAUGAGGUGCUGUAUUGCACUAUUUGCCAAGGCGAUCUGGCAAAGGCCGGCGUGGGCUUCUGGCAAUGUGAGCUUUGCGAAGCCUGCAGUGUCUGCCCAAUUUGCCACCGUGCUGCAUCAUCUGCAGCGACAGUUACCACAUACCGGGCCAACGCUCUGAAGCGGCGGUCCCAGGCUUUGCUGGGCGUGGUAGACACGAGGCAUGGCGGAGGCAGCUGCAAGAACCGGACCCCCAGCGCACAGAGUCGUUUGUCCUCAUUCUCCGGCGAGCAGCGGGAGAUGCGCGCGGGGCGCCGUUCUAUCUCUGCCGUGGUCGCUGCAGUGGAGGGACAUGCUGGAGAAUCUGCCACAUGCGUGCUGCCCUGCUGUCGCCGGCAGGAAACCGACUCGGAGAGCUCAUCAGAAGGAGAGAAUUGA